CUAGCGGAACGUCUGUCCUAGAAAGGUUAAUAUCUUACCUAGUUUAGGUUAGCAACCUAGCCACAUAGCUAACAUUAGCUACAACUAAGUGAAAACAUAUCAUAAGUAACUGAUGAUUGACAUCAACAAAAUAAAACACACCAUGUGAAAUGUAACAUGUCAUACUAAAUGGAGGGAGACAGAUUUAUGUUUACCAUGUUAUGUCCAGGGUGGACCUGCAGUGCAUACCAAUCAAGGAUUCACCAAUAUGACAAUGUAAAAAAAAUAUUCACUACAAUAAACAAGUGUUAUAUAUUUCACAUAUUAUGUACAUUUCUUUAUCAGGGAUAAACAUUUGUAGGAAAAUCAGGAGAACUUGUCCAGACGGUUGGAGGCUGUGGGGAUCCAGCUGUUACUUCCUGUCUACUGAGAUGAAAACCUGGGAGGAGAGCAGACUGGACUGUCUGAACAGAGGAGCAUACCUGGUGAUCAUAAACAGUGAUAUGGAACAGGAGUUUCUCUUUCGCCUCAAUAAGAGAGCCUGGAUUGGUCUGACUGACUCUGUUACUGAGGGGACCUGGAAAUGGGUGGACGGCACCCCACUGACCACCCCAAGUUACUGGUCCUUACAGCAGCCUGAUAAUGGUGGUGACAACCCAGCAAAUGGGGAGGAGGACUGUGUUGAGCUGAACACAGAAACAUGGCGUCCUGUAAAGGCAUGGAAUGACCAGUCAUGUGAAGACAAUCGUUACUGGAUUUGUGAGAAAAGGGUUUAACAUCACCAUGACAACAGAGGAGGCUGGUGGGAGGGCAUGCGGGCUCAUUGUAAUUGCUGGAAUGCAAUUUAUGGACCGGUAUCAAACGCAUUAAGCAUAUAUAAAACACAUGUUUGACUCCGUUCCAUGAAUUCCAUUCCAGCCAUUACAAUGAGCCUGUCCUCCUACAGCUUCUCCCACCAGCCUCUUCUACAUGACACCAUACUGUAACACAGAUACCUGCGUGGCCAAAAUGAAGCGGCUUGCACUCUUGGCCUCGCACGCUAGCAGUGACAAUCUGGCAGAAACAUAACACUGUUUCAUAUCUUACUGCUUUCUUCAGUGCGCUGUGCUCUCCUGACACCAAAUAAUCAACACUUUUUAAUAUGAAUUCAAUGAAUUGGUGAUUGCAUUGUCUGUGUAUCUAUUAGUGCAGAAAGCAAAUUGAAGUGGGUCUAGGGUGUCAGGUAAGGUAGAGGUGAUAUGAUCCUUGAC